AUGAGCAAACAAUCGGUGUGCAUCAUCGGCGCCGGAGCCGCCGGCCUCUGUGCCCUUCGUCACUUUGCUUGUGAUUCCUUGCACUUUGAGCCGGUAGUCUGCUAUGAGCAGGCGGACUGCCUCGGUGGCACUUGGAACUACGUCGAGCAGACUGAACUCGUAACAGAGUCAUUUGUACAUUCGAGCAUGUAUCGAGAUUUAAAGACCAACCUUCCAAUGCAGAUAAUGGAGUUUCCGGACUUUCCAGCUACGCGUAACACUGCCGGCGAAUCGUACCUACACCACAGCCAGGUGCUUCAGUACCUGCACGACUACGCCGACCACUUUGCCCUUCGUCCUUUCAUCUCCUUCUCCCAUCAACUGCUCAAGGUGGCCCGCAACCAAACAGACAACGUCUGGGAGGUGACUGUUAACCAGCAACUUCCCAAGCCAAUCUCCUUCACCCGCCACUUUGACAUUCUCCUUCUCUGUCCCGGUCGGUACAGUCGACCAAAGUGGCCAGCUGAUCUGAUUGAGACUCUCUCCAACUUUACCGGCUCUGUAGUGCACUCCCACAGCUACCGCAGUCGAGAGGCGUACGCCGGCCAGCGAGUGGCCGUCAUCGGCGGCGGCCCCUCAGGACUGGACAUCAGCCUGGAG